AUGGCAUCAUCGGCCUCCAGCGCCCCCAGCGCAGCGGCGCAUACUCUUCCCUCCCUCUAUCGUCUUCUUCUUCGCUCCUCUCGCGCCACCUUCCGCGACGAUGCCCGCAUGAUGGCCGCCUGGCGCAACUAUGUCCGCGAGAAGAUGCCACCAGCGGCUGCUGCUGGCGGAGGAGGUGGCACGGGAGGCAACAAGCUGAGCGACGAGUUCGUCAAGGAGUGGACCGAUGUCGCGAGGAUAUUGAGGGAGAAUGUGGCGCAAGCUGUCAGGAAGCCGGGAGAGGACGAGGUGUAUCAGCUUCGCAUCACCAAGGACACCGAGUUGGGAGACAACGACACGAUCAAGCAAGGGCGCAAGUCUCAACUCGCCGACCUCGCCGCCUUCAAGGGGAUCCUGCGCUGCGGAGGUGGUACUACUGCGAGCACAAGCAACAAUGCUGCUCCUUCAGCUACCCCAUCGACACGCCGUGCUUUCUCAUCAAGUUCAGCGUUGGGUGCAGCCUCCUCCUCCCGUCAGCCCCUCCCUCUUCCCCACCCAACGCCCCGCUUCCCCUCGAUCACCUACCUAGCCGAUGGCUCCUCCAUCGCAAUGACUACCACCUCGCCGCGCUCCGUCUCCCGCCUCACCAAGGACACGACGAACCACCCGCUCUGGAACCCAAAGAUGCUCGAGCGCGGCCUAGGAGCAGCUAGCUCCGAGGGAGACAGUGGUGAGGAGCAGGGCAGGAUGGAGCGCUUCAGGCGUCGAUUCGGUGGGGCUGGUAAGGGCAACUUCGCCGCUGCGGGAUCGCAGGCACCUGGACGUGCGCCAGCUGCAGAGGAAAAGCAGUGGGGUGCAGAGGCUCUUCAGUCGAAGCGUUCUGCCCCUUCGUCUUCCAGGAAGGGUGCCACUCCCUCUAGCCCCUCUGCUACCCCGCAGACUCAGCAGCAGCCGGGCAGCCAGCCACGCAAGAGGGCUAGCAUGUUCGAUGUGGAUGAUUUGGACUGGAUGAGUGGUGGCAGACAGGCUAGGGCGGGGUCGCCUUUGAGGAAGGAGACGGGCAAGAAGAAGUAG